CUGUCGUUAAAUUCUGUCUUCGAGCACAAGCUUUCUUCUACCAAAUCUAGUCUUUUAAACCAAAUAUGUUGCUUUUACUUGCUGCAGUAGUCGGAUUAGUUUCAUGUGAAAGUUCUUUGUCAGAGGAACCCCUUGCUCAUUUGAAUAAUGCCGAAUUACAAGAAUAUUUGCUUAAAGUUCAUCAAAGAUGCCCAAAUAUAACUCGUGUUUAUGAACUAAAUCAGCGUAGUGUUAACGGAUGGCCACUUGUUGUCAUAGAAAUUACUCAACAUCCUGGCAAGCAUGAAGAAUUAAAACCAGAGUUUAAAUACAUUGGGAACAUGCAUGGUAAUGAAGUUCUGGGCAGAGUGCUUCUGUCUGCUUUAGCUGGCUAUUUAUGUGAAGAAUAUCAAAAUGGAAAUCAAGAAAUCCAGAAACUUAUCAAUAUUACACGCAUUCAUAUUUUACCUUCCAUGAAUCCUGAUGGAUGGGACAUAGCUACUCAAUCUGGCGGAAAAGAUUGGUUAGCCGGAAGAGAGAAUGCCAAUAAUGUGGAUUUGAAUCGCGACUUUCCCGAUCUGAAUGCUAUUGCAUACCAAGCCGAACAGCGGAAGCAGCAGAAAACUGACCAUUUCUUUUCAUCCGAUGUUGUUGAUCAUAAGCUUCAGCCAGAAACAAAGGCAGUGAUACAGUGGAUCCUCAAUAAUCCAUUUGUCUUGUCUGCAAAUUUGCAUGGUGGAGCACUUGUUGCUAAUUAUCCAUAUGAUGAAGCUCGAAAGGCAAACCAGUUGCAUGAUUAUACUGCUACCCCAGAUGAUGAUACAUUCCGGCAUGCAGGAUUUCAACUAUUUGAGUUCAAAUGACUUUGAAAUUACGCUGGAAUUAGGAUGUGACAAAUAUCCCCCUGCAAGUAAACUGAAGGAAGAAUGGGAGAACAACAAAGAUGCUCUAAUUGACUUUAUGUGGCAGAGCCAUAUUGGUGUAAAAGGAGUCAUUAGAGAUGCAGUUACAAGGAAGCCAUUGCAAGGAGCUUUGAUAAAGGUUUUUAAUGUGACUGGCAACAGGAAAAUAGAUCAUGACAUUACUUCAGCAAAGGGAGGUGAAUUUUGGCGUCUUCUCACUCCUGGCGAAUAUCGUCUUACUGCUCUUAAAAAUGGUUAUUUACCAGCUUCAAAAAAAGUAGUAGUUACAAAUAAACCACAGGAAGAAGCUGCAGUAUUGAACUUCAGGUUGAUUCCAGACAUUAAUGACCAAUCGGAUUUUUUGUUUGACACAAUGACCAGAGAUCCCGAAACUUUAGAAAUCUUGAACUUGUUAGACUACUUGCAGUCCCAUGACAGACCUGGAUACUAAAUAUAGUGGUGGCAUCAAAAAUUAUGAAUAUAGUCCUCCAAAUAAAAAUGAAUUUUUUGUUUAUUUUGAAUUUUUAAUAGUAUAUUUGCAUUUAUGAAACAAUUGGAACAUUGAAAAAAAAUUAUCUUACUGACUGUUAAUGGUUCUGUAAUGUUGAAGGGUUUUCUUUUCUUGAUUGCAAAACUUAAAUAUCAGUUUAAGGUUGUUUUAAUUUUGAGUAAACACUAACUUUAUUCUUAUGUCCAUAAGAGAGUACAAAUAUUAAAUAGAAGUUUUAUUGUACACACAAAGAUAAAUAUGGAAAGAUGAAAACAUUAAUUUUAGUAGUGUAUUUUUGAAAAGCUAUUGUAAUUUUUUUCACUUCAGAAGUAAAUUGAAAUUAAAUAUCUUGUAGUAUACAUAUUUAACCUACCUUUGGGAAUAAAACUCCAAUUUUCAAUUGAUAUGCAUGCCAAAUAUUGGACUUGGCAGCAAGAGAUAUGUAUAACGUGAUAAAUUUGUAGUUUCAAUAACUGAAAAAUAUGUAAAUAAAAUCACAUCUUAAAUUUUUUUCAUUUCAAAAAAUGAAUUAAAUAUUUUUAAAAGUAUUUACUCUUUUGUUUUAAUAUAUAUUUUUAACGUUUUGCUGUUGAAGCUAGAACCAAAAAGGGGGGGGGGGGGAUUGGGAGAAAUUAACAUUUUUUAAUAGAGUAACUUUUAAAAUUUUGAUAUAUUACUUUGAUCAUAAAAGUACAUAAUGAUUUUAUUAUUUAUAUUUUUAUUGUUUUCAUUUUCUUUUUUAUUUUUAUUAUUAUCUCUAGUUUUAUAAAAUUCAGAAAAAAAAAGGCUUUUUUUCUGAUAAACUCAAAUAAUGUUGUUGGACCAAAUACUUAUAUGUUGUUCUAAAAUGAAAGGAAUUUUUUCAAUUCACUUAAACAAUUUUAGAAAUUAUUUUUUAUUAAUAUGAUGGCAAGUUAUUUUAUUAUUGUUGAAAAUUAUUGUUUUUACUCUUUCUGUUAUAUUCUUGUUAUGUUUUUCCCAACAUGUAACUAAACAAUUUUUGAAAGCAGCAAAAUUGUUAAAUAUAAUGCAUUAUUUGUAAAAACAUAAUAUCAAGCAUAUUUGAACUAAACAAGGCAGACAAAAAUUAAAACAUUAGAAAGAUUCAGAAAGCUUUAUGCAUAAAAAAAAUUUGUGAACAAAAUAAAUUUAACCUGAAAAAUUAUUUCUUGGAUUAGUUAUUUUCUCUGACAAGCCUAUUUCUAAACUCUAAAAAUGCAAUAGACUUCAAAGUGUCAUCCGUUAUUUUCUUUAGCGUUAUACUUUUUCAAUAAAUAUAAAAAGAAGUUAAUGUAGCUCUAUUCAAAUGUACCAGGAAAUAGAUCUCUGUAUCCUUCCAGGAAGUGUGGAAUUUAAAGUGUGUGUUUAAAUGACAAUAACAUCCAAAUAAAUUCAUUAAAUUUGUUAAAUCAUUCUAAUGCCUAUCAUUUAAUCGUGUUGAUUACCAAAUGUUUUUGCACACACUUAAAUUUUGUGGAAUGCAAACUUUAUUAAUGCUGCCAAGAAAUUUUAAAUUUUCAUGUCCAAGCUUAAUAAUAGUACUUUAAAGCAUUUUAAAGUACUCAACUUUUUGAUUGAAAAUUUUAGUUUAUUAAUUUUUCUUAGACAUUUGUUAAUAUCAGCAGUACUUGAAACACUUCGAAGUGAUAUGUUAUUGCCAUGAUUUACCAAAUUGUUUAAAAUGUGUGUCCUAGUCAUUUUUCUUUUUACCUGUGCCAAAGAUUUUUAUUAUUCAUUCAAAACAUAUCAAAGAUGCACUGCAAUGUGUUGUUAAUUAAAUCAAAAUUGAUAUGAUUUAAGCUUUGUUGUACAGAUCUGCAGAACACGUGUUUCACUUAUUUUUUAGAUCCAGUAUCAUCUACAGUAUAUUGCAUACCAAUUUGUUUUAAAAUGUUCCAAGGCUCCCAUUUCAUUCUGUAGUCUAAGAUUUUAUAUAAAAGUUAUAUUUACCUUAUGUUAGAUUAACAUAGAAUAAUGUAUUGAAGUCGCAGUUUUUAAGAUUAAGUAAAUGAAAAAAAAAAUUAUUAUUAAGUUUAAUUGUAAUUACUUGUUUUAUUUAUCAUAUAUGUAAGUCUUGACUUGUUGAAAAUAAAACAUGUUU